AAUAUUCCCGUUAACCGAGAGCUUGAUUAUAAUUAUUAAUGGCCAUGACUCCAUUUGCACAAAAGAAACUGUAUGCAGGAAUUGUCCGCUUUAAUGGCGGUCAUUCGCUCCUUUCGCGUCAAACAUAAAUAUGGCGGGCAUAUCUGGUAUUGCCAAGGAUUCCUUGGAACACUUUGUAAUAGACAGCAAUGAAGCGCUGGAGUUUAAACUUGUACGGACAGAAUCUGAUUUAGAAAAUGAAGAAACUACAUUCAAGCCUGAGAUGUCUCAUCAAGUUUAUGGAGACAGUGAACAAAUAUUUGGCUACAGUGGGCUACGAAUAAAAUUGUACUACACAGCAUGCCGGCUAACAACAUACCUUACACAUUCGUACACAGAGAAAGUCAAUCCAGAGAGAUUUGAUGGAGUACAGGCUGAUGAAGUGAUAAAGCCCUUAGCUGAGAGACUACAACCAGGCUAUUUGACUAAUAUUGAUGACUUUGUUGCGGCUUUGAAAAAAGAUGCAGCCUUCAAGCCAUAUGGGAAGAUGUUGCGACAAUUCACAGUUGACAUGGAGGAUGGUGAAGAAAGGACAUUUGAAGUGUAUUUUUGUGAUAUAUCAGAACCAGGUUUUCUGGAGUAUCAUGAGAGAAUGCAGCCUUUUAUUCUUUGGUACAUUGAUGCAGCUUCUUAUAUUGAUGUUGAUGAUGACAGAUGGCGCUUCAUUGUGGUGUAUGAAAAAUUUAAUGUCAACGGAAACCCCCAGUAUGCUUUUGCAGGCUACUCAACAGUUUAUGAAUAUUAUGCCUAUCCUGACAAAAUUAGGCCCAGAAUUUCACAGAUGUUAAUUUUGCCACCUUUUCAGCGUUUAGGAAUUGGAGCUGAACUCUUGGAAACUAUAUAUGGUCAUUUCAGAAAUGAUUCCAGGGUGUUAGAUAUUACAGUGGAAGAUCCUUCUGACAACUUUGUGCGGGUACGAGACUUUGUUGAUAGUAAAAGUUGCUUGAAGCUGGAGUCGUUUCAACCUAAUAAAUUGUUACAAGGCUUUAGUGAUGAGAUGGUAAAAGAAGCAAAGGAAAAGCUGAAACUUAAUAAGCGCCAAGUACGCCGCAUCUACGAAAUUUUAAGACUCCAUAUAACGGACAGAUCAGAUAAAGAAGCAUACAAGAAAUAUAGGUUGGACAUCAAAAACAGACUAAAUGUUCAGUACAAGAAAGAAGACAGAGAUAAGGAAAAAUUAAAGAAAGUAUUGCGCCCAGAAGAAUAUGCAGCCACAAUGACGAUUACAAGUAAAGACCAGCGCUUAGAGAGUUUGGAACGCCAGUAUGCUGAGUUGGAGGAACAUUACAUACAUGUCCUAGAACGAUUAGCAGCCUCGGAUCUUUCCUGACCUGUGACCUAAGGGGCAAGUGUUGUUACUUUCAGAUUUGUAACCCAAAAGUUUUUGAAAUAAAAUUUUACAUUUUGUUUAUAUACGUAUUGAAAUUUUUACACAUGUAGCAGUGCUGUUAGGUAUAACAUAUUUUGUAAACUGAAAUCUGGAAAUCACUGCCACUCCUGAUAAAUGUAUAUUUGUCUUAUAUAGCUCACAUAAUCAUCUCAUUUCACAUGAAGAAGUCAAUAACAUGGAAAAGUGUAUAUUAAUUUCUUCCUUUAACUCCCUCUCAUGGAACUGCCAUUUGAUGUGCAGACUCACUUUUUAAAUUUUGUUCCUUUUUUAAAUUUUGUUAGAUAUUUUUGUAUAUUGUACAUUUUUUGCUAUUUUCUUUAUUCAGAUAUAGUACUUUUAUACAGCAUGUGUUAUACAAUUUUUUUCCUAAUUGUACAAACCAUUCUGUGUAAUUGUAGAUCAUGUUUACACCCAGAAAUCUCAGGUUUAAGAAAUUUUUUGACUGCAACCAAAUUUUCAAUUUAAUGUACAUUGUUAGGAUUGAAAUAAAAGGAAUUUAAAA